UGAGCAACUAACCUUACGUCACUUUCCCUCACAGCGCGAAAACUGUAGUUUCCCGUUUGGUGAUAAGUGCAGCCACUGUCCAAGCAAAAAUGUCGAAGAUAGACAAAAUGAGCAUCCUCGGAGUGAGGAGCUUUGGGAUUGAGGAUAAAGACAAACAAAUCAUUUCUUUUUUUACUCCUUUGACUGUUCUGGUGGGACCCAACGGAGCAGGGAAAACGACUAUUAUUGAAUGCCUCAAGUAUGCAACAUCGGGGGAACUUCCCCCGGGAUCUAAAGGAGGAGCUUUUGUUCAUGAUCCAAAGGAUGCCCAUGAGACGGAUGUACGAGCUCAGAUUCGACUCUUGUUCUCAGAUGUGAAUGGAGAGAAAGUCACCAUCCAGCGCUCCAUGUCCUGCACACAGAAAGCCAAGAAUUAUUCAUUCAAAAGCUUAGAGCAGGUCAUUACUAGAAUAAAAGAUGGUGAAAGAGUAAGCCUUUCUUCUAAGUGUGGUGAGCUGGAUCGGGAGAUGAUUUCUGCUUUAGGAGUAUCCAAGCCGGUGCUGAAUCAUGUCAUCUUCUGUCACCAAGAAGAUUCCAACUGGCCACUUAGUGAGGGCAAAGCACUUAAAGAGAAAUUUGACUCCAUCUUUGCUGCAACCAAAUAUAUUAAGGCACUGGAGACAAUGCGUCAGCUGCGCCUCAAACAGAGUCACACAGUCAAAGAAUGCCAAGUGGAGUUACGCUACCUGAAGCAAAACAAGGAGAAGGCUCAGCAGAUCAGAGAGACUGUUGCCACCAAGGAGGCUCAGCUGAUGGCCUCCAAAGACAGUGUCCAACAGACGGAGAGCCAGAUUGAGCCGCUUGAGAAUCGACUGAUGGAGUUCGACCAGAAACUGGGGAAGGUAAUGAAGUUGGACAAUGACAUUAAGGCUUUGGACAGCAGGAAGAAACAGAUGGAGGAGGACAACAAGGAGCUGGAGGAAACUAUGGAACAGGUGUUUCAGGGUUCAGAUGAGGAGCUACAAGACAUUUACCAGAACCACCAGAGGACAGUGAAGGAGAAGGAGCGCAGGUUGACAGACUGCCAGAAAGAGCUGGAGAGAGCCGGUCGGGAAUGUCAGAGACUCAACAGAGUGAAGGCCGAUCUCUUGGUCGAGCAAGGUCGUCUUCAGCUGGAAGCUGAUCGCCACACUCAGAACGUCAAGAGCCGUGACACUCUGGUUCGCUCUUUGUCAUCCCAUCUGGAGAUGGAGGGUUACGACCGCCCCCCCUUCACCUCCCUGCAGCUUGAAAGCUUUCAUCGUCACGUCACACAAAGACUGGAGCAGGAGAAAGAGACACUCUGUCAGAUUAUAGCAGAUCUGCAGGAAAAGGAGCAACAGAAGCAGCAGUCUAUCGAUGAAAUAAGGGAUAAGAAGACUGGCCUGGAGAGAACCGUAGAGCUGAAGAGGGACAUGCAGGGAAAGAAGCAGCAGGAACUGAGGAACAUCAGGGUGGAUCUGCAGAAACUCGAAGGGUCAUCCAAUCGACUGCAAGAGCUGGAAAAUGAAUUGGCCAAAAAUGAGCGUGAGCUGGAACGUGCCGUUCAGAGCUCCAAUGUCGAAGAGCUGAAGACUGAGAUUGAGGAACUCCAGAGAGAAAAGACUGAGCUUGACCGGGCGCAGAGACGGCUCGAUCAAGAGAUGCAAAUUCUUAACACGCACACAACUGCACGCACGCAGAUGGACAUGUUGAAGAAAGAUAAAACAGAGAAAGAGGAGCAGGUACGGAAAACCAAGGCUCGUCACGGCGAGGAUCUCAUGUCCCUCCUGGGUCAUUUUCCCAACAAAAGAGAACUGGAAGAUUGGAUCUAUUCCAAGUCCAAGGAAAUCAAUAGCACAAGGGACAAACUUGCCAAAUUAAAUAAGGACUUAGCAUCAAGUGAGCAGAACAAAAGCCAUAUUGCUGCUGAGUUGCGGAAGAAGGAACAACAACUAAGCAGCGAUGAAGAGAAGCUCUUCAGCGCAUGUGGCAGUCAGGAUCUGGAGCAGGAUUUGGGCAGACUGCAGGAAGAUCUGGAGAAAGUAUCCAAACAACGAGCCAUGCUAGCAGGAGCCACAGCAGUGUACACUCAGUUCAUCAGCCAGCUGACAGAGGAGAGGGAGCCCUGCUGCCCUGUGUGCCAGCGGACCUUUCCUUCAGAAUCUGACCUGCAGGAAGUUAUCAAUGACAUGCAGUCCAAGCUACGCCUGGUGCCUGACAAACUGAAGAACACCGAGCAGGACCUGAAGAGGAAGGAGAGGAAGAGGGAUGAAAUGAUGGCACUCAAACCUGUGAGACAGGCCAUUGUUCAGUCUCAGGAAAAGGAGUUGCCUGAGCUGAGAAACCGACUUCAGACUGUGAACAGAGAAAUUGAGAGGCUCAAGGCAGAAGUAGAAGAACAGGAGACGCUGCUUGGUACCUUAAUGUCUGAGGAGGAAACAGCCAAGGCCUGUCUGCAAGACAUCUCUCUGAUGGACAGAUACUUGAUGGACCUCAAAGAGCUGGACAGAAAAAUUGCUCAGCAGGCGGCUAAACUCCAGGGAGUAGACCUGACUAGAACCAUUCAGCAAGUUAGUCAGGAGAAACAAGAAACCCAGCACAAGCUGGACACCACCUCUAGCAAAAUGGAGCUGAAACGUAAGCUGAUCCAAGACCAACAGGACCAGAUUCAGAUCCUGAAAAGUGCCGUAAAUGAAACAAGAGCAGAGAAGCUGCAGCUGAGCAGCGACAUGCAGAAACAGCAGCAGCUGGAGGAGCAAUGUAUUGACUUUACUGCAGAAAUUCAGGCCUUAACCAGAGACAUUAGGGAAGCAAAGGAACAAGUGUCACCUCUGUCUGCUGCUUUGGAAAAGCUGCAACAAGAGAAGCAAGAGUUAAUGGAGCAUAAAAGAAAGAAACAGGAAGAAGGCCAAGAGAAGAUCAAUGGCAUAAAAGAGAGGGUAAAGUCUGUCUCCAGUUUGGAACGAGAUAUUAAAAAAUAUGUGGAUGACGGAAGAGAGGAAUAUAAAGAGCAAAAGGAAUCUGAGCUUCAAGAAACCAACACUCAGCUCCAUGAGGCUGAGAAGCAGAAAGAAAAAAUUAAUAAGGAGAUGGGAAACAUCCGUCAGGACAUAGAUACCCAAAAGGUCCAGGAGCGCUGGUUACAGGACAAUCUGACAUUAAGGAAGCGAGUUGAGGAACUGAAGGAGGUUGUAGCUAAACGAGAAACUCUUAUGAAAGACAUGGGCAACAUGCAGGUGUUGCAGCUGCGCCAAGAACGUCGUGAUGCAGAACGCAAGUUAGAAGAGUUGAAGAAGAACCGGAGCAUCGCACUGGGUCGGCAGAAAGGCUUUGAAGAAGAGAUUCUGCAUUACAGAAAAGAGUUGAGAGAGGAUCAGUAUGACAAAGCUGAAGAGCGCUACAAAAACAAGAUGAUCACCAUGAGGACCACAGAGUUGGUCAUUAAAGACCUUGAUCUCUACUACAAAGCCCUUGAUCAAACCAUCAUGAGGUUCCACAGUAUGAAGAUGGAUGAGAUCAAUAAAAUUAUCAGAGACCUGUGGCGCAGCACCUACAGGGGUCAAGAUAUUGAGUAUGUGGAGAUCAGGUCGGAUGUGGAUGAGAAUUCAUCAGCUGGAGUCAAGAGGAGAGUUUACAACUACAGAGUAGUUAUGGUGAAAGGAGACACAGCUCUGGAUAUGAGAGGACGCUGCAGUGCUGGCCAGAAGGUGUUGGCAUCCCUGAUCAUCCGUCUUGCCCUGGCAGAGACUUUCUGUCUGAACUGUGGGAUCUUGGCCUUGGAUGAGCCCACCACCAACCUGGACAGAGAGAACAUCGAGUCCUUGGCACAUGCCCUUGUAGAAAUCAUCAAGAGUCGUUCUCGUCAACGCAAUUUCCAGCUGCUCAUUAUCACCCACGAUGAAGACUUUGUGGAGCUCCUGGGUCGCUCCAGCUAUAUCGAGAACUUCUACCGAAUCCGCAAGAACCAGGACCAGAACUCCGAAAUCAACAAGUGCAGCAUCUCCUCUCUCUCGUCUUACCUCCAUUAAAAACUGACUGUGUUGCAUGGCUUUAAAGGUCCUCAGUAACUAAUUCAUUCUUUGAUUGUAGUUGGUAAAAUUCACACUGUUUUAUUUACCUUCUCUUUGCUGUGAACCGUUUAAAUUUUCUUAUAGUUAAGUAUAUACUAUAAACAAGAGCUUGAAAAAACAAUUUAUUUGAAUAAAUGUCAAAAAACACUAAGUAAGAAACUGAAAGUACAAGUUAUGCAUAUAUAUCAAUGACUUUCAUGUCUUUCAUGAUGCACCAAUUGCAGAGUUCUAUUAAAGAAAUUUAGCAUGCCUUUGUUAAGAAAUGAUCAUUUUUAAAUGAUCGAAUGCUUUCAGGUAGAAAGCAUUCAAAAUCUGAGACAUUGUAGUUUAAAUUUCCUUGUUUCAUCUUCAAAAGUUUGACAUUCUGGUAUUAAAUCUUUAGAAUUA